ACCGCGACGCGGUGUUUUACAGCUUAGUAUCACCACUUUUCAAUCUCCAUGUCGCUUGUACGUUGAUUUUGUUCAUUAGAAUGUCCAAGAAAUUUCCAACAUUUUUAAGUAAAAUUGAUGCGUUGGAUAAAAGUUUCGUGAAGAAGUACAAGAGUAGUACGAACGUGAGAAGGAAUGUAGUUGUAUUCGCUAUUAUUGCUAAUAUCAUUGUUACAGUGGAACACUCACUACAAGCAUUAACUUUUAUGUUGACCAAAGACUGCGACAACAAUUCUACAGGCCUGGAAUAUUACUUUAAGAAGCAUUUUCAUUAUAUAUUUGACUUUUUUCCGUACAAUACAGCCUUUGCUUUUAUAUUACUGCUUGCCAACUGGAUUGGUGCAUAUAUUUGGAAUUAUGGGGAUGUAUUUAUAAUUGCCAUGAGUAUGAUUUUGACUGCACGGUUCCAUGAAAUUAGAGAAAAAAUUUGCAUCUACACCAGUGCAAUGCCCACCUCAGAUAAAAAAUUUUCAAAGCCUUUAUCCAAUGAUUUACAGAAAACGAACUUCAUGUUUUGGAAAGAAAUUCGAAGAGAUUAUAUUAUGAUGAGCGAGUUGUGCAGAAAACUUAACGAUUUAAUAUCGGACGUAAUAUUAUUCGACUUUGCAUCCAAUUUAAGUUUUAUACUUUUUCAACUUUUCGCAGGCCUCAGCCACAAAGAGAAGUUCGCCAAAAUAUUAUACUUCUAUUUUUCAUUUGGAUACGUCGUCCUGAGAAUUUGCUUAUUAUCAAUUUUUGGUGGAUGGUUGUACGAGGCAGGCAGGGCUUCUUUGCCCAUAUUGAAUGCCGUUCCUACUGAAAUAUAUAAUAUUGAGAUAACAAGAUUAAUCCAUCAGAUGCAUUACAACACUCCCUGUUUCACCGGCAACAAUUUUUUCGCCGUCACUAAAGGAUUAACGCUUAGUGUUGCUGCUGCCGUAAUAACAUACGAGUUGGUAUUGAUUCAAUUCAGUCCAGAUAUCCACGCAGAUGAUCAUAGCACGUGUCUCUGAUGUAGUAUACUAUUGAUAUCAUCAGCACAAUAGAAAUGGCACAAUGAUAAAUAUUUCCUUACAAUUCUAUGUUUCAA